AUGACAAAGCUCCUUGUUAUACUCGGAAUCACUGGAAAUCAGGGUGGUUCAGUCGCAACUUUCUUCCUGCAAAAACCGGAAUGGAAAGUCAGAGGCAUAGCCCGUAACGAGAAGUCGGAAGCAUGUCUCACCUGGGCCAAGAAAGGCGUAGAGAUUGCUCAAGCAGAUUUCAAUGACCCCGCCACAUUGAAAGAUGUCUUCGCGGGAGCAACAGCAAUCUUUGUCAAUACGAACUUCUGGGAUCCAUUUUACAACCCUGCAAUUCAAUCGCUUCUCGCUCCUGGUCAAACCAUCAACGAUUAUUGCUUCCAAAAGGAAGUGCAGCAAAUGAAGAAUAUUGCUGAUGUAGCAGCCAAAGUUGAUGGGUUAGAACGAUUGAUCGUUAGCGGUCUUUGUGACGCCUCGAAAUGGAGCAAUGGGAAAUACAAGUGGGUUUAUCACUUUGAUAGUAAAGCAAAUGGGAUAGACUACUUGAAAGAGACAUACCCUGGGUUGAGUAAGAAGAUGAGUGUCAUUCAUAUGGGACCAUACAUGUCUAAUUGGAAGGGAAAUCUUCGUCUCCGCAAGGCCGAAGACGGAAGCAUCCGCUUAGUCAUUAUAAAAGGCACUCAGAACUCUCUUCGGCCUCAAAUUGAUAUCAACCGAGAUACCGGCUCGCUUGUACAUGCAGCGCUUGAAGCCGAACCUGGAAAGAACAUAGUUGGAACUGCUGCGAACCUUACAUGGCCAGAUCAAUUCAAGACGUGGUGUGAUAUGAUGGGUCUUCCGUACGGUGGACUUGAUGAAAUGUCGCUUGAGGAGUAUUCGAAACUCGUACCUGUCCCUGGACUUGGGAGAGAAAUUGGAGAGAUGUGGUUGUUCAUGGAUGAAUUUGGAUAUACUGGUGGUGAAGAGAAUGUGGUACUUCCUGAAGAUUUGGGGGUUCCUUGUUUGUUGACGAGCUGGGAAGACUAUAUCAGGCUAGAGGACUGGACGGACGUGCUGGCAAAGUUGAAAUAA